AGGAGGCGGGACUUCCCUCCGGGAAGUGACCCACGUGCUUCCGGCGUGCUUUACCCGUGCGCCGGGUGGGUUUGUACAGUAGUAUUUGCCCGAAGUUGGCGGCGCUGGGCCCCCUGAGAGCUGUUCCAGGCCGUGCACUAGGUCUCCUGCGGUGCUGGGCUCCAUGGACCCGCUCAGGGCCCAGCAGCUGGCGGCCGAGCUGGAGGUGGAGAUGAUGGCCGACAUGUACAACAGAAUGACCCAUGCCUGCCACCGGAAGUGUGUGCCGCCCCUCUACAAGGACGCAGAGCUGUCCAAGGGCGAGUCGGUGUGCCUGGACCGGUGCGUCUCCAAGUACCUGGACAUCCACGAGCGCAUGGGCAAGAAGCUGACGGAGCUGUCCAUGCAGGAUGAGGAGCUGAUGAAGAGGGUGCAGCAGAGCUCCGGGCCCGCAUGAGGCCGGCAUGGUCGCCAGGGUCCCAGUGUAGUAGAGGGUGUUGGCCACACUGGCGUGUGUGUGACUGUGUACAUGUGUAUAUAUUAAACUCCCUGUUGAUGCCUUGUGUG